GCACAAUCAUGCGUCACAUUCACCUGAACCUGAAUUCUUCCUUCAGCCUAUCGGGAGUUGAGCAACUGUUCUCACAAAGGUGACAGAAUAGACACGACAUAUAUCUCUUCUUACUAACUAAAUUAGAAUUAAUAAAACAAAAGUGAGGAACAAUAAUAUGCUGCCCACCCUAUCUGGAUUUAGAAACAUAAUCUUAAUUUGAGUAAUUUAGGGGCGGUUUCAACGCUUCAACUUCUCGAUUCACCGGUCGUAAAAAGUUUCGUCACACUUCGUCGUUGCAGCACUAUAGCCGCCUCCAGUCCACUGCCCCAUUCUCCUCGACGUUUUACCCCGAACUGGUGGACUGUCCAGUUCCUACAUCAGACGGAAUCUUACCCUAGUAUAGGCAAACUCAUUGCGCGCAGGAUUGUUUUUGUGUUGUGAAACUGGAUUACUUAUAACUGCGCGUAAAAUAUCGAACGUCAGAUGCCAUGUGCGAGCAGGGCGGACGAGCAGCAGGAAUUACGCACAGCCAAGACAUGAAAAACCUUCUCGUAUUGAUCACACUGUGUUUCAUUGUAGGUUUGACUGUGGGUCGAAAAGUGUCACUACCAACAGGCCCUCUGAUACGAGUGGAGGGCGAGACACUGUCAUUACGUUGUGAAGUCUCGGAUUAUCAGGGCCCCAAGGAGCAGGAUUUUGAAUGGAAAGCAACAAAAGGGUCAAAAACCAUUCAGGUUGUCUCCACUUUUGACCCUUCUUUUCCAGACCAGUCUUUAAAGGGCCGGGUAUAUACUGGUGACAUUAGUGUGGAAAGAAUUGGAGAAAGUACAGUGGAGCUGAGGAUUAAAGAAGUCAGGGUGACUGACAGUGGAACCUUCACUUGCAGUACCCCCAGCACAGAUUCUGUUAUCAGUGGAAACUAUGAGGCAGAUGUGCUGCUGAGAGUAAUUCAUAAUACGCUGGUUGUGGUUCCUGAAGUUCCAGCCCCUUCAGUCCAUGAGGGCAGAUCAUUCAAUCUUCACUGCAACAUCACUCAAGACUUCACUGAAGGAGUUUACCUAUCAGUUACAUGGUCUGUUAAAAAGGAUCAGUCACUAGAGCAGGAUCUCCUUACCUUCGGGCCUGAUUCAGAUGUUACUGUUGGAAAGAAUUUUACCCAACGUUAUGCUGAUGGUGAAAUGCGUCUGCAUCUGGACAGUUCUGGUUCCUAUAGCCUGGUGGUGUCUGGAGCAGUGCCUGAAGAUCAGGGGAUGUAUUUGUGUACUGCAAAACAGUGGACCAGAGACCAGGGUACCUGGACCAUGAUACAGGAAAAGGCAGAGGUCAUAGGUGAAGUAGCUGUUAUCCCAACAGCUGAAUCCCUCAUUGUACAGGUCCUGGAUAAUACCAUCCUUAACACAGGAGACAAUCUGAAUCUCACUUGCUUGGUUUCUGCAUAUGACCUUGUUGCCUUAGAUCUUGAGGUGACAUGGCUGCUAAAUGAAACACAGGUUCUUACCCACCUUAGUCGUGAUGGAGUGGUGGCAAAAACCUCAGAUAUAUUUAGCAUUAACCAGGUUGGAGAGGGUGAUUUCAGACUGGAGAUCCACAGCGUUGAGCUAUCUGAUAAGGGACUUUACUCAUGCAGGGUGAGGGCAUGGAUACAAAAGAGCAGGCGAAAAUGGUACCAGGCUGCAGAGAAGACAUCAGCCUCUGUGCAAGUGGUGAUCACCCCACAAGAUCCAACAUUUAAUGUGACUCUUAAAUCUCCAGUCAUAGCCCAGUAUGUAGGUGAUCCCACAGAACUUGUGUGUCAAGUGUCCAACAUUUCCCACUUCUGGGGUAAACGAUUGAGUGUCUGUUGGUUCUAUUCUACUGCUUCAUCUGCUGGUGGUCAGGUUGGCACUGACAUUAUUGCCUCAAUGAAUGAAAAUGGGGCUAUCAUUCCUAGUGAUAAAUAUAGGGCCCGCAUUGAUUCAGGUCUCAUCCUGCUAAACCGAAUUGAGCCAGCUACCUUUAAGCUCCGCCUGGUCCACACCACAAAUGGAGAUGUAGGUGAAUAUGUUUGCAGUGUCGCAACAUGGACACUCACUCGCCUUGGCAUCUGGAAACAUACAUCAGAACACCAAACUCGUGCACUAAAAGUUGGCUUGGCCUCCAAGGGCCCUGGCAUCAGUGUGAUCGCCCGACACAAACGACAAGCAACUUUCAGUGGCUCCACUUUUGAAAUGAACUGCCUGGCCAAACUUAAGAACCUCUGGGAUGGUUUGGCCCUCUCUGUCCUCAUAUUGGUCCAGUAUGGUGUAGGUGCCCCGAGUCGGAAACUUGCUUCACUCAGCCCUGACCUGGUUCUCAAGUUAGAGGACUGGUACGAGUCUAGUCGACUGGACAGCCUGAGUCUAGUGAAGACUGGCAACAUGGAGUUCUUAUUCCGAAUUCAGGGUGUUCAGAUGAUGGAUAGAGGAUUCUACUAUUGUGAAGUUGCAGCAUGGACUAAGCCUGAUGGGAAUAACUGGGUGGAGCUGAUGAAAGGAGAGUCAAACAAAAUUCAGAUUAACUUCGAGCACACAAGGCCAUCAUUUGAUCUUUCCAUCAUGUCAGACACUACCAGUGUGUACCCCUGGGAAACGGUUAAGAUAGAUUGCAUUAUCAGUGCAUCAGGAGCUUCCAAUAAAGACAAUGUUGCAUAUGAAAUACGAUGGUAUCAUGGGAGCCAUUUACGGAGAUCAGAUAGCUUCAUUCUGCUGAUCAGUAUAGAUCGUUUGGGUGUGGUGAGGAAAAGCCCUCGCAAUGACAGCAGUGACUGCAGUCUGGAGCGUCUCAGAACCCAAACCUUUACCCUCACCAUUCAUGGCACCCAAGACAGUGAUGCUGGCGAAUAUUACUGUACUGCCACACCAUGGAUACGAUCAACCACAACAGAGGACUGGAGUAAAGAACCAGAGAUUAUAUCCAGGAGGGUCUUUCUUAAUGUCAAAUUUGCAUUGUGGGAUUCAAUGAAAUUACCCUUGCUUUAUGGGACCUGUAUAUCCCUCACUAUCGGUCUGUUUUCUCUCAUUCUGGGCCUUCUCUGUUCUUUGUGCUGCUGCAGAAACACUAAACAAACUACACACACUACACACACUCGCAUCAAGCUCAUCAACCCACAGAGUGAUUGACAUGUACUACAUGAAGCAGAUGCUUGUCUGCAUCUCCACCAAAGCAACAACAUGACUAAGUAAUGUUUCAGAGUUGACAUUUCUGUUAUUCACAAGUGGACCCUAUUCACAGGUGACGAUCGAACCAGUGAAUGCACCCAAGCAGAAAAAACACCUUUGGCAUUUGUUUGAUUUAUAUUGUCAUGCUCUGCAAAAAUAAUAAUAACACUGGAUUUGUAGAUUAAUUAUUUUUAAUAAUAUCUUUCUAAAUACGAAUUAACUAAAAUGCAUUUUAGAAAAGUCUAGUGAAAUACCAAUCCUGAUAACCAGGAUCAAAUUUUAAUAUAUAGAAUAUUUUUUUGUUCAAAGAAUUUAGUGCCAGUGACUUCUAACUUCUGACGGCAGAGUCCUAACAAUAAUUAACCUGUUAAAACUCUUUUAAGCAGUGAACAUGUUUGACAGGCAUGUGCACAUAUGAUUUCUGGUUUAAAAUGUUCAUAUUGUUUUUAUUUUUAGAUGUAUUAAGUUAUGUUUUUAUAAAGUUAUAUUGUGUGUUCAUUUGUUUUUACUCUGAAUGUUGAGUUCAGUUACUGUUUCUGUUUACACAGAUUUUCUAGCAGUUUAAUAUAGUAAUACUGAAUGCUAGGCAGUCCAGGAAAACGUCAGAAAUCACCAUGACUGAACUCUGGACAUAAUAAAGGGCAAAAACCAAUAUUAUUUCCCCAGAAAUGCAAAUGAAGACAGAGAUCAGUCAAUAGAAGAGACAACUCUUUAAAAUGUAAAAGGAAAAUAAUGAACAGCAGGAUGGUGUGAUGCUCUGCUUCACAUAACUGAGAAACUCAUGCACCUCUAAUUUAAUUUCAAAGUGCUGACACUGCUCAAAGUUUUUUUUAACAUUAAUAAAUCUUAAAUAAAUGACUGCCUACAUUUUAAUGUUGAA